GCGGGAGGAGGGGUCUUUGGUGGCGGCUGUUCCGGUCUCGAGGGGCUUCCUGGUUUGCAGCAGGCAGCGCUAAUAAAAUACUUACCAUGAUGUUCAGUGGAUAUGACGAUGCAGACACGUUUGAAGAUGAUCCUUAUUCUGAAGGGUCUUCCAGUGAAGCAAGCAUUGAUAGUGAAGUAGAAUUUCAUCUUUACAGUCAAGUCCAUUAUGCACAAGACCUUGGGGAUGUCGGUGAAAAUAACAAUAAGGAUGUCAAAGGACAAGAAGAAUUUAAGUCCUUGAAGAAAGAGAAAUUGGAAAAUGAACAAGAUCUGAGAAAUAACUUAAUUGUCAUUUCAGAUAGUGAUGUUAACAUUUCAGAUAGCUCAGAUGUCAUAAUAUUGUCUGAUACCCCUGAGGAAGAUAGCAUUUAUGAAAGUAAACUCCAGAAACCAACAGCAUCAGUGUCUCCAUCAUUACGUAAAUUAAAUAAGACUGCUUACCCUCGUGCCAAAAAAUCUAUUGAACACCCUUCCCGGCCUAUUGUGAAAUCUGAGGAUCAGAUUAAGGUAAAUUCAAAUAAAGCAAGAAAGGCUGAUGAAAAGGCAAUCUUGAAUAACCAAGAUGAUGUUCACAUGAUUCAUAGAGUUUUAGUAACUGAGGACAGCUCCAGCAGCGAUGAUGCAAUUGAUGUGUCAAGUAUAUCCUCUGAAAGUGAUAAUGUGGAGAGCUGGAUGCUGCUGGGAAGUGCCGCAGAUGACAAAGAUGAUGAUAUCCUGUUAAAUCUUGAAGGCUGUAGAACUUCAGCCAGUGGAGGAGACAAUAGAACAGGAUGGACCAUCAGUGAUAAAGACUUACAGGCACAGAUUGGUAAUUAUAUUUCAGUGCGACAUAACAACAGAUAUUACACAGCGGACAAAAACGUCACUUGCAGAAAUUGUGAUAAACGAGGUCAUUUAUCAAAAAAUUGUCCUGCCCCAAAGAAAAUUCCACCCUGUUGUCUUUGUGCACAGAGAGGUCACCUACAAAACAGCUGUCCAGCACGAUUUUGUUUAAAUUGUUGUUUGCCAGGACACUGCUCUAGAGAGUGCCCUGAGAGAAUGUACUGGAAAAAACAUUGCAACCGCUGUGAUAUGAGAGGUCAUUAUGCAGAUGCUUGCCCAGAAAUAUGGAGGCAGUAUCACCUAACAACUAGACCAGGACCAAUCAAGACGGCUGACUCUUAUUCUAUGCAACCUUCUUCAGUAUACUGUUACAACUGUGGAGAUAAAGGGCACUAUGGAUUUGAAUGCUCAGAGAAGCGAAUGUUUGGAGGGACAUUUCCUACUUUCCCCUUUAUCUAUUACUAUGACAAUGAAUAUGACAUCAAGAGGAGACUCCAGAGAGCAAAGAAAAAAGUGCAAGGUAUAAUAUAUAUUUAGUAGUUUUAUUUUUGUUUUUGUUUUAAAAAUUCUUAUCAGUUCACUAUCAUGUUUACUGCCUCUUUUAACCUAAUCUAGAUUAAGAUGGUUAGCCCUGGCCAAAAGGCUUCAUGUGGUCUCCAGCACCCCCACCUGCAGCACCCCCAUUAACCCACAAUCAUGCAAAAAUUUAGUGACAAAUAGUCAAGGUUUAGUGGCACAAUUUUUAAAAAAUAAAGAAAGCUGGAAUGAGAAUAAGUUGCCUCUAACUAAUGUCUGUCUUUAUUUCUACUUUUUAAAUCCUUCAAAGUCAGUGGAAACCUCAGACAUUUUUCUUCCAAAUUUUGACAGCAUAACCUGGAGCUGUUUUGUGAGAAUUUUAAGGAUGGAAAUGGAAGAGUUUCAGAGGUCAGAAUGCCAAAUGUUUCCAUUUGCACCAAAAAAAUCUUAACAUAGACCCAUUAAAAAUGCAAACAAACAAACAUCAAACAGAUUUUGCAACAAGUGCUCAGCAUUUCCGGAAGGUCAGAAGACUGAACUGCAAGCUCCAGUUCUUUACCUCUUUAACCUCUUCUCUAAAAGAAACAAUAUUUC